AUGCAAGGUCCUGGCAACGAGUCCUUCCUACUGCCCUUCUCUGGCAUGCCCAGCCAGCUUCACCUUCAAAAUGCCCACUCUUUGAUGUUCCAGGGUGCCGACGAGCCAGAUCAGCCCCGGGUCAGGGUGAGUCUCAACAUAAACUCUGGCCCUAUGGUCACUUUCCCUCUUGUCAUCACGGCUAACGAUGCUUUUCUGACCGGACCUGGGGCCCCUGGACAUUUCUAG